AUUUUUGUGUGCCGUCAUUAUGAUAACUAUUGGUAUAGUAAUGAUGAAUAAUCAAACGUUGUCGACGUAUCUAUUAAAAAGAAUACGUUCGGAAAAAAAAUUAAUAGACAAUACGAUAAUUUAUAAUAUUUGGUCGUCGCCUCUGAAUCUUACCUUAAAUAUCUACUUGUUCCAUGUUGAAAAUCCGGAUGAUGUGUUAAAUGGAGAAUUACCGAAGCUUACGGAACGUGGUCCUUACGUUUACGACGUAAUCUUUGAAAAAGAUAUACUGAGCGUAAAUGAUAUACGAGAUGAAAUAAUUUACAAUAUCAAAAAGACAUAUUACUUCAACGAAGAGAAAACUGGCGAACUUUUGGAGAACGAUGAAGUUGUCCUUUUAAAUAUGGCCUAUCUCGGUGCGAUAAACACGCUCGCGGGUUUUUCGCCUAACUUGCUCCAACAAUAUGGCGAUUAUAUAAGGAUGUUAUUCCCCCAAGAGAAUCCUCUUUUUAUCAAAGCAAAAGUUAAAGAUAUAAUGUUCAGUGGUGUAUCUUUUAUAUGCGAUAUUAAAAAACAUAAAAAAAUGAAAUUAAUCUGCCUGACGCUAAAGGGUAGAAAACUACCGAUCUUAUGGAACACUGAAAUUGAAAAUAAUUACAUGUACAGCCUCUUCGGCACGAUGAAUGGAACCUGGGUUGGUCCAAUCAGUAUUAACAGAGGUGUAGAAAAUGAAACAAAAGUAGGGAAUAUAAUGUCGGUAUAUAAUAAACGAAAGAAUAAAUAUUGGAUAACCGAAGAAUGUAAUAUUAUUAAAGGAUUGGAUGGUAUGAUUUUUCCUUAUUACAAGGAACCACCACAGCGUAUUUAUUUUUACGGUAUCGAAAUUUGUCGAACUACAUUUAUGGAAUUCAAGGGAGUUGAAAAGUUCUAUCAAUUCGAGGCAUGGCGAUACGUUUACACAAACGAAAGUUGGAGUAAUAAUGAGACCGAUUGUUAUUGUCCAACUGUCAAGCACGAAAAAACAUGUCCACCUAUGGGUCUCAUGGACGUUAACAAGUGCAUGAAACUACCUGCGUUACUGUCCGAGCCUCAUUUUCUUCACGCCGAUCCCAAAAUAUUAGAUUACGUGCCUGAUUUGAAUCCAAAUGAGGAAUUUCAUUCGAGUUCUGUAUUGAUCGACACGCUUACUGGUAAACCUUUUCAUGGUCAUAAAAAAAUGCAAAUAAAUAUGAAGAUAUCACCGUAUCCAAUCGAAUUGCUUGCCAACGUCACCGAGGGUUACUUUCCGAUUAUUUGGAUAAGCGAGGUUUGA